CUCAUGAGAGGCACCAACCAGUCCAGCGUCUCCGAGUUCCUCCUCCUGGGCCUCUCCACUCAGCCCCAGCAGCAGCAGCUCCUGUUCCUGCUCUUCCUCAUCAUGUACCUGGCCACCGUCCUGGGAAACCUGCUCAUCAUCCUGGCCAUCGGCACAGACUCCCGCCUGCACACCCCCAUGUACUUCUUCCUCAGCAACCUGUCCUUCGUGGACAUCUGCUUCUCCUCCACCACUGUCCCCAAGGUCCUGGCCAACCACAUCCUCGGGAGUCAGGCCAUUUCCUUCUCUGGCUGUCUCACGCAGCUGUAUUUUCUCUGUGUGUUUGCUGACAUGGACAAUUUCUUGCUGGCUGUGAUGGCCUAUGAUCGCUUUGUGGCCAUUUGUCACCCCUUACACUACACAGCAAGGAUGACCCUUCAGCUCUGCGUCCUCCUUGUUCUUGGGUCCUGGGUGGUAGCCACCCUGAAUGCCCUGUUACACACGCUGCUCAUGGCUCGACUCUCGUUCUGUGCAGACAACAUCAUCCCCCACUUCUUCUGUGAAGUGACUCCCCUGCUGAAACUCUCCUGCUCUGACACACGCCUCAACGAGCUGAUGAUUCUUUAUGUCGCAGGGCUGAUAAUGAUAGCCCCAUUUGUCUGCAUCCUCGUCUCUUAUGUCCUUAUUGCUGGUGCUAUCCUGAAGGUCUCAUCCCCGAGAGGAAGAUGGAAAGCCUUCUCCACCUGCAGCUCCCACCUGGCUGUGGUCUGCCUCUUCUAUGGCACCAUCAUAUCCCUGUAUUUCAACCCCUCAUCCUCUCACUCAUCUGUGAAGGACAUGGCAUCUGCUGUGAUGUACACAGUGGUGACCCCCAUGCUGAACCCUUUAAUCUACAGCCUGAGGAACAGGGACAUGAAAGGAGCUUUAAGGAAAGUGCUUUCCAUGAAAUUUCCAUCUACUCAAUAA